AUGACUGUCGUCGAAGAAACAGUCAUACGUCGCAUAGAGACCUCUUCAGACGACAAUCAGAGCCGUCAGUGGUACGAAGUGAUGCUGGCCCUAGCAGCCAAGUCUGCCCAUGAGUUGACCUAUGCCAUCAACAGGUCAGAAGGGCGUAGGGACCUCCCCACCAUUCCCCAGCCUACGCAUAUGAUUGAGUGGUUGGCCCGAGUCAAUUUUAAACACAGACCGAUGCGCCGCAACAUACCCGAACAGAGACAACACAAAGUCCCCAAGAAACCUGUGUUCGACUCCUCCAAGUAUAUCUACUAAAGAUGGAGGUGACAUUGG